UACCUGGUGAUGGACUACUACUGUGGAGGGGAUCUGUUGACCCUGCUCAGCAAGUUCGAGGAUCGUUUACCCGAGGACAUGGCCAGGUUUUAUAUUUCCGAGAUGGUUCUGGCGAUCCAUUCUAUUCACAACCUGAGAUAUGUACACAGAGAUAUCAAACCUGACAACGUUCUCCUAGAUGCUCAUGGACAUAUUCGACUAGCAGACUUCGGGUCAUGUCUUAGACUGAAAGAGGACGGCACGGUACAAAGUAAUGUAGCUGUAGGGACACCAGACUAUAUCUCACCAGAAAUUUUAAGGGCUAUGGAGGACGGUCAGGGCCGGUAUGGUUCUGAGGUUGAUUGGUGGAGUCUAGGGGUGUGCAUGUACGAGAUGUUGUACGGUGAAACACCGUUUUAUGCCGAGUCCUUGGUGGAGACCUAUGGCAAGAUAAUGAACCAUAAGGGAGUGUUCGUAAAAAAGGAAAUGGGGCAUAGGCUUAAGUCGAAAAAUAUUCGAUGGUUGGGACAAAACGGGAUAAAUGAUUUUAAAUCUCAUCCGUUCUUCUCAGGAGUAGACUGGGAGCAUAUAACUACUUCAACAGCACCCUUCAUACCAGAGUUAGGGUCAAACCUUUCAGAUUCAGGAAGUUUGGUUUCUGGAACAAGUACUGCUGCAACUACUCCUAUGCUCGACAACGUGGACGGAAUCGCCAGGUCUGCGUAUGAGCGGAGGAUAGACAGGUUGGAAAAGGAGAAGCAGGAGUUGACAAGGAAGCUGGGGGAGACUACCAGAACCCUGCAGGAGAUGGCCCAUGGGGGUAAAGUGCCUGAUAGUAUAGAAAGUAGUGGCGAGGAUAGCUCAGCACUUCUUAUCAAACUAAAAGAAUCUGCGAGUAAGGUUGAGAACCUGGAAAUGGUGAACCAGGACCUGGUGACCAGGAACCUUGUCUUGGAGCAGGGGGAGGCUGAGAGAGCAAGAAUAAUGCGUGAGCUAGAGCGAAGUAUGUUGAGCUCGAAACAAGAGAAGGAAGAUCUAUCCAGAGAUCUUUGUGAGGCCCAGGAGAAGUUGAAACUGCAAAGUAAAGAAUUAAAAGAUGCUCUGCAGCAGAGGAAACUAGCUAUGGCAGAGUAUACAGAGGUUACAGACAAAUUGUCAGAGAUGCGUCAGCAGAAACAGAAAUUGUCGAGACAGGUUCGAGACAAGGAAGAAGAGCUUGAGAACUCUCUGCAGAAGAUUGAUAGUUUACGUCAGGAUAUCAGGAAAGCAGAGAAGCUACGAAGAGAACUCGAGUUGAAGGCUGAAGAAGCAUUCAAUGAGACCUCUAAAGAACGUAAAUUGAGAGAGAAGGCUGAGAGUUCACUUAGAGUAUCUGGAGGAUGUGUUGUAGAGGCUGGUAAUGAGGUUGGAGGAGAUCAAUCUGCUGAAAUAUCGAGGCUCAAACAACAGAUUGAGAGGUUAGAGGUUGAAGGAACCGAGGCUAUGCUACUCCAACAGCAGAGGAUGUCCCAGGAUACUCUGGAGCUACGCCAGAGGUUGGAGGAGGUCGAGGCGGAGAAAAGGCGGAUAGAACAAGAGUUAUCCUCCGCCAGGGAGAGGUUAGAGAGAGCUAGGAAUGAUAAUAUGCAGGAGAAUGACGAUGUGAUCCAGGAGUUAAGAACCCUCCACGACAAAGAGAAGAACUUGUUGAUGGAGGAGAACAACAAGCUCUCAGCUGAACUUGAGAGAAGUAUCGAGAUAUCUACUCGGCUGCAAGCUGACCGGAGACACCUGGACGACGAGUUCACCGACCUCCAGGGGAAGAAGGAGAUGGUGGCGCAGUGGGAGCAACAGAUUGCCGAGAUCAUUCAGUGGGUUAAUGAUGAGAAGGAUGCACGUGGUUAUCUUCAGGCACUAGCAAGCAAACUGAGUGAGGAGAUGGAUUUGGUGAAGGGUAUGCCCUCCAACCCUGCGGAGAAGAACUGGAAAAACCGAAGGUCCCAGAAGCUGGAGAAGAUGGAGUUGUUGAACCUGCAGAGUAACCUCCAGAGUGAGAUUCAGGCCAAGCAGGAGAUAUCCCAGGAGCUCAGUAAAAUCAGAUCCGAAUUAGAAGCAUCUAGAAAGAUAUCCUACUCCAGAGAAAUGCUACGGAAGGAUUCCCAGAUAAAAGAACUCCAGGGAAGAAUUGAAAGCGACGGAUUGCUUGGAGAGAGGUCGUCUUCACAGAUGUCGUUUCUUGAUCAAUUCUUGAAGGAGAGCAGUGUAUCUAGGCAUACAACACCAGGCAGAGAGACAAGUAUUCCACCUCAUCACACAAGAUACUCAAUAGAAUCUGAAGAAGGAGAUGUUGAAGACAAUAGAAUUCCUUCAAUAGCCAGCAGUAGAUCAAAUAUGUCAGAUCAUUCAGCUGACAUUGCAAACUCACCCCUGGCAGCUGGGGGCAACCCCAGGAUCUCCGCCCCCCUCCAGAAUACAUCACUAGGGGCGGGGGCGGGGCUAACCCCCUCCUCCAAUAUAUUAAAAGCCAAGUCUCAUCAAUUUAUUAUUCGAACAUUUUCCUCUCCUCUCAAGUGUAAUCAUUGUACAAGUCUCAUGGUCGGCCUUACUAGACAGGGUGUUGUGUGUGAGGUUUGUGGGUUUGCUUGUCAUAUUCGGUGUAAAGAUCGUGUGCCGGCCAUGUGUCCGGUUCCCCCCGACCAGACUAAACGUCCCUUGGGAAUUGACCCCACCAGGGGUAUAGGUACAGCCUACGAGGGCUACGUCAAGGUACCUAAGCCCGGCGGAGUAAAGAAAGGUUGGCAAAGACAGUUUGUUGUGGUUUGUGAUUUUAAAUUGUUUCUCUACGAACUCCAGGCUACAGCUCCAGCAGUGGCAGUUUCACAGGUAUUAGAUAUGCGGGACCCGGAGUUUGAAGUGUCGAGUGUACGAGAAAGUGACGUCAUCCAUGCAUCUAAAAAGGAUGUACCGAGUAUAUUCCGUGUAACGACUAGUUUAAUGGACCCCCCAGGUAUAAGACACCAGUGCUUAAUGUUGGCCGACAGCGAGAGUGAGAAAACAAAAUGGGUUGUAGCACUCAACGAGCUCCAUAGGAUACUAAAGAAAAACAAGCUUCCAGAUAGGACCGUGUACAAGUGCAAAGAGGUAAUGGACAACCAGGUGACUGUGAUCAAGAACGCCCUGUCCGCCUGUCUGAUUGACCAGGAUAGGUUGGUCGUGGGUACAGAGGAGGGACUCUACUCAGUAGACCUGGAGAGAGACGAAAUUUGUCGUGUUGGAGAAGGAAAGAAACUUCAUCAAGUCGAAUAUCUUCAGGAAGAACAACUUAUAAUUUGUCUGGCUGGCCGUCAGCGACAAAUGCGCUUAGUUCCAAUCCGCGCUCUGGAGCACACGGAAACAGAAUGGAUCAAAGUUGCGGAUACCAAGGGCUGUAUAGAAAAUAUACACCCCUGUAUUGUGGUGUUUAGUUUACUUGGCGACCAGCAUCCGUUAUCCUUGGUUCAUCCUGACAAUCAGAUGCUGGGUUUCCUAGCAUACAAUCCUGUAGAUGCUCUAGGGGCCAUUGAACUUCCUAGGGGAGAAUUUUUACUAAUUUUCAACUCCUUGGGAGUGUAUGUUGACCUACAGGGCCGGAAAUCACGUGACCUGGAGAUCAUGUAUCCGGCGCAACCCACGGCAAUCGCUACAACUCCAGAUGGUUUCCUUCUUGUUUACAGUGAUACUCAUAUUGAUGUCUUUGAUGCUGCUGCAGGUGAAUGGUGUCAGACGAUAAAUAUUCGUAAAACGCGUCCCUUGUUAAAAUCUGGACUUCUUAAUCUUUCACUCUUACAGGAGCUUCCUCAUGUAACUUUCCUCAGUAAUAUUCACAAAGAGGACAUGUUGUGUGUUGUUAAGCCCAGUCUUGUUCUUGGACGGGAUGGUAGACCAGUUCAAAGAACCAGAAGAAGAUUCAGUAUCAGAGAUGCAAACAAACAAAUCAAAUCGAAUCCUGACCGAAGAUCUAAGAUGAUAUCUGCCCCAUCAAACUUCAACCAUAUCUCUCAUAUGGGACCUGGAGACGGUAUUCAGAUACAGAGAUUGCUUGAUCUUCCCACAACAUUGGAAACAGCAGACCAGGUCCCUGCUGGUACCCCGGUAACAUUAAAUCAACCUGUACAGAGAGUCAAAUCAAUGUUUCACCAAUCUGGAAGUAAACUGAACCCUCCUCGCCUACCCUCACAUCCACCUCCUCCUCAAAGAUCCAUCAGUCACUCAGAGGAAGGAUCAGACACCUCAUCCUUGUCUGGUUCCUGGGACCUUCAAGAUAUCAUUGAGAGAGAAAUAUCUUCCACUAAGCUAAAUCUUGUCAGAAAGUUUAGUUUUCGUCGACGGCCAAGUUUCUUCCGAAGCGCUUCAUUAGAACAGCGCGGUGUAGAACGAGGAACCGGUGAUCGAAGAGCUUUCAGUGUGGAACCAAGGCCACGUCUUCCAAGGAUUGAGGAUGAAAAUUAUAUUGCGGGUAUGAGAUCCUAUCUGAAUGGAAGCGGGAAUUCAGGAACUCCGCCCCCUGCCCUAGGGCGUCCUCUUCCCCGCCCCGGACUCAUGAUGGGGCGGGCUAGCUCCUCCUCCCUCCCCCGCUCUCCGGAGAACGACUCCAGCUUCCUAACCUCUGGACUCGGAACAGGAUCAGGAUCGCUGAUUGGGUCAACCUCCGGGCAGUCCGGUCAAGGGUCUCUUCUUGGGUCAAAUCAAUCUGGACAGGGGUCUCUUGGGUCACACAGCAGUCAUGAUGUUUCAUACAUGAAUAUUUAUCAGAAUACAAACCAUCCUCAUCUUUAUGAUACAAAUUUGGACGGGUCUCCCCGUCACUCCCUUGGGUCAAACAACUCUAGUAAUCUGAGCACUCCUCCCAGUCCUGCCAGAGAGCUCGGAUCCUCAUCAUACGAAUCAUAAAAUAUCUUAUUCUUCGCAACCUAUCUGCAUUGGUUCUACGUGGUAAAAGGGCGAUACCUUAUUCAGAUGAACGUCACUAAAUGGAAUGUACACUCACAAGUGAUUUUCUCUAAUGGCCAAUUCAAAUUAAAAAGUAAAGUUGAUUUUUAUAUAUUUUUUUCUUCACUUAGAAAAUUCUGAUUAAAUGAGACAUAUCUAGAAUCUAGAGAAAGUUUUUAAGUACUUCGAAAUUUUUUUCUGAUGUGUUUUUUAAAUUCAUUCUGCGUUUUUUCCUCUACCUUUAUUCAAAAGUUCUAAAAAUCAACAAAGCUUCAUAAAUCGCAGCAGCUUGAAGAUAACCCAUUCUUGUGAUAAAUUAAGUUUGUAGAAAAGCAUAUCUGUUAAAACGUACGUGCAACAGCAACGGAAAUUAUUUCAUUUUCUGUUACCAGAUUACUUAGAUGGCUUUUGGAUUGGUUUUGUUUAAACAAAGUAUUUUAAUCAAAUUUUCUUUUCAAGGCCGCGUAUGAACACAUUUUUAUUUUUGUCUUCCAAUUUUGUUUAUCGUUUACGCGAGGUAUAAAUUUAUCUCCCCAACAUGUAUAUCAUAACCUUGACAUUUUGUACUUCGGAUGUGAUUUAAACAGUUCCGAUUAGUCUACACUCUUGGUGUGAGAAAUUGGCUUUCAAUUUUCUUAAACACUUUUCUAAACAUUUGAUUAACUAGUCACAAAGUUGUCGUAUUUAUGAAUUGUGUACACUGUACACUGUACACUGUACACUGUACACUGUACACUGUACAGUUAUAUUUAUUGUUAAAAAUACUCGGCACAAUAUAUUGUACAUGUACACUCAGUACUUUACUUUAUGUACACCUUAAUAAUAGAAUAAAAAAGACUACCCGCAAGGUUUAACUUAAAAUAGUGAUAGCCCCCCCCCCUCUCCCUUUAAACUUCAACCCCCCACCCCCUCUCUACAAUUCAUAUUGCUCAUUUAUCUUUUUUAUUGAAUUAUGUUAUUGAUAAUUAGGACUCCAUCGAAACCAAAUUGGCGUUGAAUAUAUGCAUAAAUAUAUAUCGUGGUAUGUAAAAAAUAAAACAAUAAUUUAUUGUUCAUUUGUUAUAUUCAAUAAAACAUCAUUUAUACAAAA